AUGGUUAGAUUAAAGAAUAGAUAUUUAAUGACAGAAGUUAUAUGGCAUGAUAAUGAAAAAUCAACACAAUUAUCAGAUUCAUGGUUAUUUCAAUUCAUAUCAAAUGAAGUCAAAGAAAAAUUAGGUGAAUUAACAUAUGAAGCAUUUAAAAAAACUUUAAAAAUUAUAUAUGUAAAUCCAGAUACAAAUAUAUUUAUAAUUAGAGUAUCGUUUGAAUAUUAUAAAUCAUUAUGGACAGCAUUAACAUUGAUAACGUCAUAUUAUGGUGUUCCAAUUUAUUUUAGAAUGGUACAUGUUGGUGGUUCAAUUAGAUUAUGUCAAAAAGCAGCAAUUAAAAUAUUUGGAAAACAAAUUUCAGUUUAUGAUAAAAAUAAAAUUUUAAGAAAUGAAAAAGGUGAAACUAUAGAUAAUAAUAAUAAUAAAAAUGAAGAACCAUCAAUUAAAAUGGAUUCAGAUGAUGACGAGAAUGGUGGUGGUGAUGAUGGAGAAGAUAAUGAUUCAGAAAUGAAAGAUUAA